AUGAAGGUAACGGAAGCAAAGGCUAUCGAGAACAUCAAACCCCCGAUCAGAGCUAAGGGAAUGAUGGUCGAAAGGAAUCUCAGAGGCGCGGCAGGUAAAAAUGCUGGGGACGCGAAGCAUCUGGCUGAGGAUGAAGAGACGGCGAUGAACAAUGAAGGCAAGAAACCGCCACUAUCGAAGGCACGAGCUGGGCUAGCUUACGGGAAAAAUGUUCGGCUUUCCUUUUUGCUUUUU